ACCCAGCUGGAUCACCUCUUCCAUCCCAAGCCAUCCCAGCCAACGGAGCAUCGAACAGUCUUCUUCAAUCCAAAGCAUCCUCAAUCCGGAAUAACAUCAUUCAAAAUGGUCCAGGACGCUAAGAACCUCUACUACUCCCUGGACUGGUUCCAGCAGAUGAAGAAACAGUACGACGAAGCGUCCUCCGACCGCUGCUUGGGCAUGUCCUUUGACGAGGCCGCCCGCCACAUCUCCAAGGAUGGACUUUCCAUGACCGCCGAUGAGGCCAAGGAGUUCGACGAGAACCACGACGGCAGCAUCAACUUCGAGGAGUACCUGACCAUGCGCUUCAAGUACGAUGCCCUCCGCGAGGGCAACAUGCGCGGCCGUCUCCUCGCAUAAGCGUACAGACAUUGAAACGCAAAUGCACAUACAACGCUGGAAGGGUGGGAGGGAUCAAGACUCUAUUCCCUUAUAUACAUAGAUCAAGACCCCAGCGGCAUGAUAAUGACAUGACAACGAAUC